AUGAAUGGCUUUAGAGUCCUGCUUCGAAGCAACCUAUCCAUCCUGGUGCUGCUUUUUCUCCUGCACUUUCAGAGUCUGGGUCUGGAUAUUGAGAGUCGAUCUGCUGCAGAAGUCUGUGCCACACAUACCAUCUCACCAGGACCUAAAGGAGAUGAUGGUGAAAGAGGAGACACGGGAGAAGAAGGCAAGGAUGGCAAAGUGGGACGCCAGGGACCAAAAGGAGUCAAAGGAGAGCUGGGUGAUAUGGGAGCCCAGGGCAAUAUUGGCAAGUCUGGGCCUAUUGGCAAGAAGGGUGACAAAGGGGAGAAGGGUCUGCUUGGCAUUCCUGGAGAAAAAGGCAAGGCAGGUACCAUCUGUGACUGUGGCAGGUACCGGAAAGUGGUUGGACAAUUGGAUAUUAGUGUUUCUCGACUUAAGACAUCAAUGAAAUUCAUCAAGAAUGUCAUAGCAGGGAUCCGGGAAACUGAAGAGAAAUUCUACUACAUUGUGCAGGAGGAAAAGAACUACAGGGAAUCUCUGACCCACUGCAGGAUCCGGGGAGGGAUGUUAGCCAUGCCCAAGGAUGAAGUCGUUAACACCCUUAUUGCUGACUAUGUCGCCAAGAGUGGCUUCUUCAGAGUAUUCAUUGGGGUGAAUGACCUUGAGAGGGAGGGGCAGUAUGUGUUCACAGAUAACACUCCACUGCAGAACUACAGCAACUGGAAGGAGGGGGAGCCUAGUGACCCCUACGGCCAUGAGGACUGUGUGGAAAUGCUGAGCUCCGGCAGGUGGAAUGACACAGAGUGUCAUCUUACCAUGUAUUUUGUCUGUGAGUUUGUCAAGAAGAAAAAAUAA